CGGGGAGGGCGGGGGCCGGAGGAGGAGUUGGAGCGACUUUGUGGGGCAGCCUUGGCCUCGGCGGCGGUCGCUCCGACGUGCGCGGGAGAAGCAGGACGCCCGCCGGGCGGGCCGGAGCGGCCGAUGGGGCCCGUGUGAGCGUGCCCAGGCCCGGCCCGGUGCCCGGCGGGCGGCAGCAUGUCCGCGGGCGGCAGCGCCAGGAAGACCACCGGGAGGCCCUCCUACUACUACCGGCUGCUGCGGCGACCCCGGCUGCAGCGACAGAGGAGCCGCUCCCGCAGCCGGACCCGGCCCGCCAGGGAGUCGCCCCAAGAAAGGCCGGGCUCGCGGCGCAGCCUGCCCGGCAGCCUGUCGGAGAAGAGCCCCAGCAUGGAGCCCUCGGCCGCCACGCCGUUCCGGGUCACGGGCUUCCUCAGCCGCCGCCUCAAGGGCUCCAUCAAGCGCACCAAGAGCCAGCCCAAGCUGGACCGCAACCACAGCUUUCGCCACAUCCUGCCGGGGUUCCGGAGCGCCGCCGCCGCCGCCGCCGCCGCCUCCGCCGCCGCGGACAAUGAGAGGUCCCAUCUGAUGCCGAGGCUGAAGGAGUCUCGCUCCCACGAGUCCCUGCUCAGCCCCAGCAGCGCGGUGGAGGCGCUGGACCUCAGCAUGGAGGAGGAGGUUGUCAUCAAGCCCGUGCACAGCAGCAUCCUAGGCCAGGACUACUGCUUCGAGGUGACAACAUCAUCAGGAAGCAAGUGCUUCUCCUGCCGGUCAGCAGCCGAGCGGGAUAAGUGGAUGGAGAACCUGCGGCGCGCGGUGCACCCCAACAAGGACAACAGCCGGCGUGUGGAGCACAUCCUGAAGCUGUGGGUGAUUGAGGCCAAGGACUUGCCAGCCAAGAAGAAGUACCUGUGUGAGCUGUGCCUGGACGAUGUGCUCUAUGCCCGCACCACGGGCAAGCUCAAGACGGACAAUGUCUUCUGGGGCGAGCACUUUGAGUUCCACAACCUGCCACCCCUGCGCACCGUCACCGUCCACCUGUACCGGGAGACUGACAAGAAGAAGAAGAAGGAACGCAACAGUUACCUGGGCCUGGUGAGCCUGCCUGCUGCCUCAGUGGCUGGGCGGCAGUUCGUGGAGAAGUGGUACCCAGUGGUGACGCCCAACCCCAAGGGCGGCAAGGGCCCCGGUCCCAUGAUCCGCAUCAAGGCACGUUACCAGACCAUCACCAUCCUGCCCAUGGAGAUGUACAAGGAGUUUGCCGAGCACAUCACCAACCACUACCUGGGGCUCUGUGCAGCCCUCGAGCCCAUCCUCAGUGCCAAGACCAAGGAGGAGAUGGCGUCGGCCCUGGUGCAUAUCCUGCAGAGCACAGGCAAGGUGAAGGACUUCCUGACGGACCUGAUGAUGUCAGAGGUGGACCGUUGUGGGGACAAUGAGCAUCUCAUCUUCCGGGAGAACACGCUGGCCACCAAGGCCAUUGAGGAGUACCUUAAGCUGGUGGGCCAGAAGUACCUGCAGGACGCACUAGGUGAGUUCAUCAAAGCGCUGUAUGAGUCAGAUGAGAACUGUGAGGUGGACCCAAGCAAGUGCUCGGCCGCGGACCUCCCGGAGCACCAGGGCAACCUCAAGAUGUGCUGCGAGCUGGCCUUCUGCAAGAUCAUCAACUCCUACUGCGUCUUCCCUCGGGAGCUGAAAGAGGUGUUUGCCUCGUGGCGGCAGGAGUGCAGCAGCCGCGGCCGGCCCGACAUCAGCGAGCGGCUCAUCAGUGCCUCCCUGUUUCUGCGCUUCCUCUGCCCAGCCAUCAUGUCACCCUCACUCUUCAACCUGCUGCAGGAGUACCCCGAUGACCGCACUGCCCGCACCCUCACCCUCAUCGCCAAGGUGACCCAGAACCUGGCCAACUUCGCCAAGUUUGGCAGCAAGGAGGAGUACAUGUCGUUCAUGAACCAGUUCCUGGAGCAUGAGUGGACCAACAUGCAGCGCUUCCUGCUGGAGAUCUCCAACCCCGAGACCAUCUCCAACACGGCGGGCUUUGAGGGCUACAUUGACCUGGGCCGUGAGCUCUCCAGCCUGCACUCGCUGCUCUGGGAGGCCGUCAGCCAGCUGGAGCAGAGCAUUGUGUCCAAACUGGGGCCUCUGCCUCGAAUUCUGAGGGACGUCCACACAGCACUGAGCACCCCGGGCAGUGGGCAGCUCACAGGGACCAACGACCUGGCCUCCACGCCUGGCUCUGGCAGCAGCAGCAUCUCAGCUGGGCUGCAGAAGAUGGUGAUCGAGAAUGAUCUCUCUGGGUCCUCCGGGGUCCAGCCCUCACCUGCCCGCAGCUCGAGUUAUUCGGAAGCCAACGAGCCCGAUCUUCAGAUGGCCAACGGUGGCAAGAGCCUAUCCAUGGUGGACCUCCAAGACGCCCGCACGCUGGACGGGGAGGCGGGCUCCCCGGCGGGCCCUGACGCCCUCACCACCGACGGGCAGACACCUGCAACUCAGCUGGUGGCUGGGUGGCCAGCCCGGGCAGCCCCAGUGAGCCUGGCAGGGCUGGCCACUGUCCGGCGGGCAGGCCAGACGCCAACCACGCCGGGUACCUCCGAAGGCGCACCAGGCCGGCCCCAGCUGUUGGCACCGCUCUCCUUCCAGAACCCCGUGUACCAGAUGGCGGCUGGCCUGCCGCUGUCGCCCCGUGGCCUUGGCGACUCAGGCUCUGAGGGUCACAGCUCCCUGAGCUCCCACAGCAACAGUGAGGAGUUGGCGGCUGCUGCCAAGCUGGGAAGUUUCAGCAGUGCUGCCGAGGAGCUUGGGCGGCGGCCUGGGGAGCUGGCACGGCGGCAGAUGUCGCUGACUGAAAAGGCCGGGCAGCCCACGGUGCCAAGGCAGAACAGCGCUGGUCCCCAGCGAAGGAUCGAUCAGCCUCCACCCCCGCCGCCUCCACCACCUCCUGCCCCGCGUGGCCGGACGCCACCCACCCUGCUGAGCACCCUGCAGUACCCACGGCCCUCAAGCGGAACCCUGGCAUCGGCCUCGCCUGAUUGGGCUGGCCCUGGAGCCCGGCUGCGGCAACAGUCCUCCUCCUCCAAGGGCGAUAGCCCUGAGCUGAAGCCUCGUGCGGUGCACAAGCAGGGCCCUUCACCUGUGAGCCCCAAUGCCCUGGACCGCACGGCUGCUUGGCUUUUGACCAUGAACGCGCAGUUGUUAGAAGACGAGGGCCUGGGCCCAGAUCCCCCCCACAGGGAUAGGCUAAGGAGUAAGGAGGAGCUCAGCCAAGCAGAAAAGGACCUGGCAGUGCUGCAGGACAAGUUGCGAAUCUCCACCAAGAAGCUGGAGGAGUAUGAGACCCUGUUCAAGUGCCAGGAGGAGACGACGCAGAAGCUGGUGCUGGAGUACCAGGCACGGCUCGAGGAGGGUGAGGAGCGGCUACGGCGGCAGCAGGAAGACAAGGACAUCCAGAUGAAGGGCAUCAUCAGCAGGUUGAUGUCAGUGGAGGAGGAGCUAAAGAAGGACCAUGCGGAGAUGCAAGCAGCUGUAGACUCCAAACAGAAGAUCAUCGAUGCCCAGGAGAAGCGCAUCGCCUCACUGGAUGCCGCCAACGCCCGCCUCAUGAGUGCCCUGACCCAGCUGAAAGAGAGGUACAGCAUGCAAGCCCGUAACGGCAUCUCCCCCACCAACCCCACCAAAUUGCAGAUUACUGAGAACGGCGAGUUCAGAAACAGCAGCAAUUGUUAACCUGCCCGAGGAGGGAGGAGCCUGCCCAAGGAGAGGGAGGACUGUGGUGGCCCAGGGCAGGGUCUCGGCCUGGGGAGGAGCGCCCCCACAGUCGCAGCCCCAGCACAGGGGGCAAGAGGCCAGGCGGCCGCCCCCUUCCCUCCACCCGCGGUCCGAGAGGCGGCCACAGAGGGAGCCGCGAGAGACUGACACUGCGCGAGCCCGCUCCCCUCUCUUCCAGCCCAAGGAGCGUGUUCGGUGCAGGCCAAAGAGACUGCACGCUGGGGAGUGGGGACAGCCUGGUGGGAACAGGGGGCCUGCCAAGAUUUGUCUCUGUUGGUUCUUGAAUUUGGUGCGUGUCACCUUUCCUCCUUGAGCUGGCCAGGUGCAUGUACCCCCACACCCUCCCUAGGGAGGGAGCUGUCCGGAGAGGUGGAGGGUUAAAGAGCCAGGGGCCUGCCCCUGUGGCUUCCCUCACCUCCUCAGGGGCCCAGGACUCCCUGGCAGCCAGGCCCCUGCCCUGUGGGACCUGCCCCUCGGUUCCAGGAGCUGACAGGUUGGUCAGCAGGCGUGGGGAGGGUGGGGAGGAUGGAGCUGCCAGAGUUCCGUAGCCCCUGCCCGUCUCCACCCUGCACACCUGCCACCGCGUAUAGCCUGCCGGAGACCCCUCCUGGCUGUGAGGAACCAAGGAGUCACCCUGUCCCCAAAGUUCCUGCCUUUCCCCUCCCUCCCUCCCUUUCUUACUCGUUCCACCAAAAGAGGCUCUUUCUUCUGGGCUCUCGCACCUGCGGGGAGGAUCCAGAGCCUCCCUCGCUUGCCCCACAGCCCAGGCCAAUGCUCUGGGGCUCCCCGAACCAGAGAUCUGGGCAGAGUAGGCCCAGAGGGCACUGCACGUGGUGCCUCCGCUCUCCUGGGGCUAGGGAGCCAGGGGACAGUGGCCCUCCAGGGAGCGGCCACCUUGGUGCUCACCCUGAGAGAAAGGCUGAUCUUUCCUGAUUGAUGGGUUAAGAAAAUUCUAACGCCUGCAGGCCCUGAGAAGGUGGAUAACUGUGACUUUUUUUCCUUUCACAGUAUGCAUUAGAAACAAAAGCCCGCUUGCUCGCUUGCUGGAACACAGGGGCCUUUUAAAUUGAGCGUGCGCACUGCAUGGGAAAUAGCGGCCCUGGAGGAUGUUAGACUUGCUCCCUCUCCAAGACAGCAGCGGCCUGCACCAGGCCCCGUGCGUGCGGCGGCCUCCUCACCCUUCCCGGCCCAGCCGAGGACCCAGGCGCUGCAGACAGGGGGGGCACACCCACAGCUGGGGCUGGUUUUCCUCAGCUCUAGGCUGUUGUGUAGCUUUUCAGCCCUCCCGCCGCCCCUCGCGGGACACAGGUGGGCAGGAGCCUGGGUCUCUCUCGUUCCUCCCUGUUCCCAGCCCCGGCCCUGGUGAUCUGGGGCAAGAGCUGGGCGUUUGCCCCACGGUGGAGCAGAGCUGGGUGAGUCAGGAGCCACCCCUCAGCCUCAGCCUCAGCCUCAGCCAGCUGAGGAGACCCUUGGAAAGACCUCUGAGCACCUCCUGCCCCUGGGGCUGGAGACAUGCUGCCAGGGCCUGACUUGCCCCAGAACCCACCAGGAGGGGUGAGGGGGUGUGGCCCAGACCCCACUGCACCCGUCCUGGGCCUGUGCUCUGGGAGGGGGCUCUGAGAUGAAACCUGUAGCUCACUUAGGCCGGAGACAUGCUGGUGGGGAGAGGGGACCAUCAGGGGUCACAGACCUCAGGAAGGAAGGCUGUGGGGCUGAGGCCCUGUCCCCGCUCCUGGCCUCACAGGCAGGGCCUGGCCCCCGUGAUGUCCUCUGGUUCAGUCUCGCACCCACACUGCCCAAUGAGCCCUCCCCUCCUCCCUCUACCCCCUCCCACCGAUGCCUCUUAGAGUGACCUCGGACUGAGCACCUCUUAGCAAUACAGGGGGAGGGUCCCAGGGCCUGGACAGCAGGGCGCAGGAGGCCAGCGCGGUGGCCAGUGCUGGCGCCCUUGGCGCGGGUUGUGAGCUCUCAGGCCGAGAGCCUUAUUUACCUAGUGCAAAAACUGUAAAAGUGUACAGACUCUUCACAGAUUUUUAUCUGACUUGCAAGUCUGAUGAUUUUUGUAAAUGUUCUUGGUGUUUGACUGUAAUGUACCUAUUUCACCUAAUGGAUGUACAUAAUCCUUUCGUCCUGGUGCUGCCGAGGGCUGCCCGGGACCGCUGCUCUCCGAUGGUUUUUAUUUUAUUUUUUAAUCUAGAGAACAGUAUUGGGCAGGAGGAAGAGGUUUGGGAUUUGGGUGUUGGGGUUUUUUCCCUGCCCGUGGCAUUUAUUUGUUGGCUUUGCAGUGUGCUGUCUGGGUGGGGGUGAUGAGGACAUGUGCCCUGACUGGGCCAGCAAAGGGGGGCUCCUCCUGCUGGGGCCGCAGAGAACCCGUGUCCUGGUGUUGGACGCUGCCUGCCGCAGAGCUGGUUGGCAGAGGGCCCGGGGUGGGGAGUGAGGGAGGGCAGUCCUUGCUCGGGGAAGACCGAGGCCCCCGGGCCCCAGGCCCAGACUCUGCUGGAGGAGGCUCUCCCUCCCCUGCUGACACGCGAGGCCUGACUUUUUUGCUAAUCUUCUAUGUUUCGGGUGAAGGAAACUGCCAAACUUCCUAAAGGGAAGACUCUUUUCCGACUGCCCAGAAAGGGGCGUGGGGAACCAAGGGCAGAGCUCCAGUGCCCCCCACCCUACAGAGCACCUGCCCCGGGUACACCUCUCUCCUCCACCCCGUCCGUUUGCGGAAGGCAGACAGUCCAGGGAAACAGCUCCUCUUUUCUACACACUCGGCCCAAAGCCGCCCCAGCCCCCGCACCGCCUCCCUCCUCCCCUUUUGUAAGUAUGUGAAAAGGAGAAAAUGCAAACGGUGGAGUCUUGGCCGGAGCUCCUCCCUCCAGCCAGGACUUUUAACUAUGUAAUAAUGUACAGAGAAAGUCGUUGGUGUUCUAAGACUGUGUGGCUGUGCAAUUUCUGUACAUUUGCAAUUAGAAAUAUUAAAGAUUUAUUUAGCUAUUUUAA